ACCUGGGUUGUACAGCCAUCAAACCCAUCAGUUUCACUACUUCUCCAAACCAUGGAAGUCCUAAAUUUAGGAAGCCUGCUGUACUAGAUCAUGUCACAUAUGAGCUGAGUGAACUUAAAAUAAUUCUUCGCUGUAUGCCCUACAUUACAGAACUGAGGUUCAGUGCUGUUCUCAGACAGCCCAAAGACCUCCACAAAAUUGUAAAGGUUGUUGCUGAUCUUUUCAUUCUUGCAUCUGAAAGUGGAGGGGGACAACUAAGAAGCCUUUCUACUGCAUGCAGUUACUCAAACUUCCCUUUUGCUGAAGACCGCAAAGACAUGCAGAGCUUGUUCCUUAUGGAUCUCUUCACUCAAUUGAAGGACGGUUCAUCUAAGACAGCAAUAGCAUCAUUGAAGCCCAUUCUUCAGGUUGCCCCUGCUAUAUGGACAUUAGACCUACAAAAACAAGAGAAGACUUUUGCUCUUACCGAAUUACUGAAGCUUCAGGCAGUCACAAAAACUGUAGAGCUUACAAGCUGGUCAUGUGAAAGGGAAAUAUUUAGGAGUUUCCUGAAUUGUUUACCCUAUAUUUCAUGCCUUUGCUGUAAUGAGCAGUUUUUCCAGUCUGUGUGUGAAGUCCUUUCAGCAGACAGCAAAUGGAAUCCAAAGCAGAUUGCUGAGCUUUUAAGAUCCCUUGGUUUUAGCAUUUCAUUGACAGCCUUGCUGCCAAGUCGCCUUUGCGAAGCUGUUGGCAGUGUUUUUAAACUGCUGGACAAAGAGGAAGACAUCUCCCUGAGACUUCUUCCUCAAAGGAUCUCUUGUCAAGGUUGUGCCUACCUCUUUUCAAAUUUGAAAAAGCUUCAAACAUUGAGAGUAAAUGAAAAAGCAACUGCAAAGCUGGCAAGACUAGUUAUAUCCAAUAAAGAAAAGAAUGCUGUAACUGUGGAAGAGCUGUCUUUGGUUUUAGCUAACUCUCAUCUACCAGAGAGAGCACUUUGCCGGCUAUUAAGCAACCUUACUUCUCUUCUUAGAGUCUGGAGAGUUCACAACUUGAACCUUUCAGAAUUUAAAAUUGAGCCUCACUGGCUUGUUUGUCUGCUGUGUCAUCAGGGUCCCUUGUCCAUUAAAUUUCAUGAAGGGACUCUGCAACAACUGGCGGAAAUUGUGUAUGAUGCUCAAGAUGAAAAUUUGACACAGUUGUUUCUGGAGAAAAUUGAUGGUGAUUUAUCACCUUGUAAUUUGUCCUGGGAAGUCUUAUCUUACCUAAUUCAGGGCACUAAAAAGCAAGUGACACUGAACCUUGCAGAGGGUAGGUUUAGUGUCUUGAAAGUUCCAAACCUUCUUGCUGUACUGGACACAGUGUGCUUUAAAAGGAUAAGCCCACGGUUUGUCAGAGCUGCACUGAAAGAGAUAUACCAAAACCAUGCAGGUCAUCUGAUUGUGAAAUUAGUUAAAUCUUCAGGUAACCUGAUUAACCUUUGCAUGAGAGAGUUGGAUUCAACUGACUGCAGAGCCCUCUGUUUUGCCCUGCACUAUAGUGAUGAUGUUAAGCUCAACCUGUUGAACUCUGUCAUACCAAAUAAUGAGACGGACAGCAUCGUCAAACUUCUGCACAGAGUAUCUGAUCUGAGGGUUGAUAGAAAGCUGUUGUUGAACUUUCUUCAAGUGUCUAAGGACAUGGAAAAACAAGGAUAUUCAAUGUCUUCCCUUUUGGCUUCACUGAACCACAAACUGGACUUCUCCUUUAAUUCUUCCCUGGGCAGUGGUCGUUCUGGUCAAGAGAAUAGGGAUCUUCUAACUAUGAGUCGUAUGGAUUUUAUAGCCAUUUCUUCUGCCAUUAAAACAUCAACGUGUGACACAGAAUUGAUUUUAUACGACUGCCAAGCAGAUGAUUCUGCACUUGAGAUUUUAUUCCCCAUUCUGCACAAAGUGAAUCUUCACUUGGGCAGAAGUCUUCUUUGUCAGGUUUUAACCUUGAUUUCCAAUGCCUCAAUGGCCAUGUCUUUGCAUUGGGCCUCAUCACUUUCCAAAGCUCUUGGAAAAGAACUGAACCUCAGUUACAUUCCUCUUAACUAUCGUACAUGUGAGUCUCUGCAGUUAGUCCUGGAUGACAAAGAGGAGCUUACACAUCUUAAUCUUAGCUAUUGUCAGAUCACAGAUGCUUGCUUGGAUCUUUUGCUCCCUCACCUCCACAAAAUUAUGAUUUUAGAUCUUACUGGAAAUGACAUAACUGAUAAAGGUGUGCUGAGACUGCACCAAGCCUUAGAUGAAAACAGUUUCACAAAGACCAUAUGUCUUUGUGACAACCAAAUAACAGAAAUGGGCCUUCUGGUGGAAGCACGCUUUAAAACCCAACAGACCGACACAAGAAGAUGCAUCCAAACACAGAAUUACACCACAAAAGAUCUCAGGUCAAAAAGUGAGAUGGAAAAAUCAAGCAGUACUUUUGUAAAGACAGAAGAUCUCAUAAAGAAGUUUGAACCUGAACUAACCGUAAACAAUGGCAAGAUUUCCUACAGGUUUCAGUGGAAAACAGAAGGCCUUUUCAUGUGCAGCGCAACGAGGCUAGUGUUCGGAUUAAAAGGAAGUGGCUGUGUAGAGUACAGUGUGGCUCACUGGGAUAUGCAUCUCCUCAUCAACACUCACCGUGAGCCUGCUGGGCCUCUGUUCGAUAUCAAAACCCCUACAGGAGAAAUCUACGAGCUUCACCUUCCACACUCCGAGACACACGUUGAUGCCAUUGGAAGUCUUUCUGUUUUCCAUAUACACAAUGAAGACACUUGGGAAUUCCUCUCUCCAAAUAAAAUUUCAAGAACGCAUAUAGCUGUAAAUGUUUGCAGGUUAUCUAGGUAUGGCAUUGUGUGUGAGAAUCAAAAUAACAAAAUCAGUGGCCAGGUGUUGCUAUUCCAGGAACCGGACAUGUCACAGACACAGCAAAGGCUGUGGGUUUUUCUUUUGCCAAGCAAUGUCCCACUCUCCGAGAUUAAAGAACAGCAACAACAGUAUGUGUUCAUCCAAACCAGCUCUGACUGCAAACUAGAGAGAAAUGCAAAGUACACUCUGAUCUCAAAAAAAGCCAAAAGAGUCCAACCGAAGGAAAAAAUAUUUGAACCCUUGCAUGCCGGCAAUCAUCAUCCUGCAUUUGAAGUCUUCUUAGAUAAAGAUGUGACUGAAUUGCGAAUUAAAAUUCAGCUUAAAAUAAAAGAAAGUGAUAAGAUUAACUUCAAAAAUGCAUGGAAGCGUUGGAUAGUACUCAAGAAAAACACAGAUAAUAGUGCACAAAUGAGAACUGAAGAACAUUCUAACAUUCAAGUAAACUCUAAAACCUGGAUAUCUGCUCUUUCUGAAAUCAUGGAGGAUCUUAAAAGUGAGGAGUUCAAGAAACUAAAGCAUUUAAUGGCUCACACUGAGAAAAGACAUCCAAUUUGUUCAAUGAAACUUGAAGAAACAAAAGACCGGUGUGAGUUGGUGACUUUGGUUUUUAAGUCAUGGGGAUUCAGAGAAUCGGUGAAAGCCAUACGUGACUUUAUGAAGAAGCUGCCUCGUAAUGAUGAAUUUGUUACAGACAAAUUAAAGCCAUAUGUGACGAUGUUUGGUCUUGAGGGUUAGAGCAUAUCAGCGCACCACUUCCUGCCACUGAGGACGUCCAGAGGAAACGCUGUCUAUGUAGAUCUUGCAGCAUUUUUAAGGACUACUUUCACCCUGACUGUUUAAUCUUCUGCCCUCUGGGAGGUGCUUCGAGAGCCUAAAUGCUGUGAUCUGUAAAUUAUGUCCAUAAUACAGUCUUAUCUGUAUAUUCAUUGUACAUUUGUAACAUUUUGAAGACACAGUAUAUCCUGCACUUACUGUUUAUUGCACUUCUGGUUUGAUGCUAACAGUCUUUUGUUGCCUUAUACCUUGUGCAAUGACAAUGAAGUUAAAUCUAAUCUAUUGUCACAGACUUUUCAGUGUAAAAACACUUUUAUUAACAACCGAUUACCACAGUGUGACAACCUUGAUUGUACUUCAACUGUAAAUUCUCGCAUGGUUUUGUAAUUAAUUUUUUUUUAAAAAUGUAUUUAAUGUAUGUAUUUAGCUGUUGAAAAUGAAAGAGACAGAAAUAUGAGAAGUGCUGCAGUUAUGUGUGCUGUAAUGAUGACCAUGAGCUGUUUCUAUUUUUUGUUCAUAUAUUAUGUCCAAAUAUUUGAGAAAUAUAUACUUUGUUGAUAAAAGCAGAAUCAAUUGAAUAAAAAGUGCAAUAAAUGUUUGAUUUAAAAAAAGCA